AUGGGUUUGAGCGGCAAAAAUGUCGUUUUCGUUGGCGGUUUGGGCUUCAUCGGUUACGAGGCCUGCAAACAGAUUAUGACCAAGAAUGUGGCGUCCUUCUUCGUGUUCGACGUUUUGGAAAAUGCCGAGAAUAUUAAGGCUCUACAGGCCAUCAAUCCCAAGACCAAAGUCUACUACACCAAAUUCGAUAUCACCAACAAGGCGAGCAUUAAGUCGGCAUUCGCCGAUGUUAUCGCCAAGGUGCAAUACAUCGAUGUACUCGUCAAUGGUGCCGGCAUACUCACCGAUCCCAAUGUAGAGUUAACCAUGAACAUCAAUUUGAUUGGUCUUAUCAAUACCACGCUAGAGGCAAUUCCACUCAUGGACAAGAAUAAGAA